CAUACUGCGAAGAGUGUCAAGUAUCUCUUGAUGUCAAAGAUGAUAUGAUGAUUAUGGUCUGGUAUAUUUGAGUUUAUAAGGGAACAGAAUAUAUUUUUAGUAAAUUCACUCAAAUAUCUAGUAUAAUCUUAUCUGAGACAUUGAAAACACUUAAUACUCUCAAAGCCACAUUUGUGGGUCAUAAAACAAUAAAGAAAUUUUAUCUCUAAAUUUAAUAACAAUACCUUGUACCUACUAUUUUGCAUUAAGUUAUUUAAAUAUUUUAUCAGAAUAUUUGUUUAGGCAAAACAAAUUUUGAUCGCAACAAUAUAUAAACUCGUAGAAUUUAUCGUGAAUUUUACUUUAUUUUGGAUUUAUUAAAUUACUAUUAAGAUUAUAACACGAUUUUAAUGUAUGAUAUAUCUGCUUCAAUAGACAGACGACUGUUUAUGAUACGGGUAAUAUGUGCGCUCAUUGUCUGUGUGAUUGUAAAUUCUAGUGGAUUACAAAGGAGCAUCAUAUCAGUUGUAGUGUACCUUUUGACAUACUGGUUAUAUUUGGUUUAUUUUUAUUUUUUUUAUAAAAUGCUUAAUAUAAAAAUUACUGGAUUUCAACUUCAGAUACUUAUUUCGUUAUGUUUGUAUUUGGGACAAAUGUUAAUUGGUUUUACAAUAUCAUGGUCAGGACCUAUUAUACCGAAACUUCAGGACUUAGAACAAUCUCCUCUAUCACAUAAAUUGACGGACACACAAGCUUCUCUUAUUGCAUCUUUAUUGUACAUAGGCUGUAUACCAGGUCCAUAUUUAGUGGGAUGGCUUUCAAACACCAAGGGUCGAAAACCAUGUUUUCUACUAGGUGGUCUUAUUAGCAUAAUAGGAUAUAUUCUGCUCGUUACUACCCACACUCUGACAAUUCUCUACGUCGGAAGAUUGAUGACAGGUUUAGGCAAUGGCUGCAUCUUUCUAAUGAACCUUGUUUAUAUGGGAGAAAUGUCGUCUACAAAUAUCCGUGGUAUUUUGCUUGCCAUUCUAGGAAUAUCUAUUACUUUAGGUUCAACAUUAUUGUUCACAGUAACAUCAUUUUUCUCUUAUCGAGCUACAAACUACGUUGGGGUAGCGUUAACUACAAUAUUCACUUUAUGCGUACUUAUGAUCCCAGAGUCACCGAUGUUUUACGUUUUAAAAGGAAAUGAUAAUGUUGUGAAAAAAAUAUUAGCGGACUUAGACAGAUUGGACGACUUAGAAAAAAUAAUUGCAUCAAAGGAGGAUUCCAGGACUAUAAGUAAUAGAAAAGACUGGAAAGAUUUAUUUACAAUAAAAAGUAACAGAAAAGCAUUGUUCCGAGUUAUGUCAAUUAACAUUUUACAACACUGUAGUGGUGUUAUGGCUGUUAUAUUUUUUUCGUCAACUAUUUUUGAAUUAGCCGGAUCAAAAAUAGACGGGAAUAUAGGAAUGUUAAUUAUUAGUGGUUUUCAAUUACUGGGAAGCACGGUGGCCCCGGUUUUUAUUGAAAAGAUUGGAAGAAAGAUCGUCUUGAUGGUAUCCUGCGUGAUUUGUUCUGCGGCUAUGUUCGUCAUGGGAACAUAUUUUUAUCUGUUGCAUCUGGAAAAUCCAGUAAUCAAAACUAUGCAUUGGUUACCACUUGUAAUUCUAAUAAUAUUUUUCAUUGGAUAUGAUUCAGGUCUAGGAAUAAUCCCGAAUGUCUUGAUCGGUGAGAUGUUCACGCCAAAUGUUAGGAGCCAUGGCUCAACUUUAGCAGUCACAGUGACCUGGUUAAGUGGUUUCCUAGUAACUACAGCUUUUGGAGCGAUAGUAAACGACGUUGGUGCAUUCGUCCCAUUUUGGUUCUUUUCCUUAACUUCUAUUAUCGCAUUCUUCUUCACCGUAUUUUUCAUUCCUGAAACUAAGGGUAAAAGUUUGUUACAAAUACAAGUGGAUUUAGAUAAACAAUAGGUUUACAAUUUUCAUGAUAAGCCUAUUAAACUUACUAAUUCGUUAUUACUACAGUUUUUCACUAAGGGUUUAAUAAAAUCCCAACAAAAUCAAACAGUUUACGUUUUCACAGUUAGAAAACUAAUUAAAUUUAUAAUUUGAUAUAGGCCGAAAAUUUUACAAAAAAAAAAUCUAGAUUAGACAAAGAAAACAGUUAGUCGAGGUUGCUUAAUUAGUCUUAAAACAAAAUUAAGAAUUAGUAAUAACAUUUUAAUGGCAAAUUCUAUUCACGUCUAUGUGUAAACUGCCGAAACAACCACAAACCUACCUAAAUAAAACUAAGAUUUUGGAAUAUACUACGCGUUUUUUUAUUAAUUU